AUGUUUCAAACCCUAUAAAAAUUAAGGGUCAUGUGCUUUAUGUUCGCCACAACUGCCGAAAGGAAAGUCCCACCUACACCCUCCAAUGCGCCUUUCGCCUUGAAUAAUCUUUGGGACAACCCAGGAGCCAGUAAAACACAAAAGAGAUGGGGAAGAAGUGGCACCAGAGGAAAUGCCUGUGGAAGAGGACAAAGAGGACAAGGAGCCCGUUCAGGAGCAGGAGUCCCUCCCAAAUUCGAAGGAGGACAAACACCCUUGACCAGAAGACUUCCUAAAUGGGGUGCCAAACCAAGUUUGGAAAUUUAUCGAGAAGUCAACAUCUAAUCAAACAAGGAAGAAUCGAUGCCACUCAGCCUAUCCAAAUAAAGGACAUGUUGGAAUCAAGAAUUUUUAGCAAAUGCAAAUACGGAAUUGAGUGAAUUGAAUACUCCUUUAACUAUUGAAGUAUCAGAUGCUUCAAAAACCGCUAUCGAUGCAAUAAAGAAGGCGGGAGGUGAAGUCAAAGUUAUCUACUUUACACCCCUUUUAUUGAGAUAACAUUUAUUCCCAGAUAAAUAUCCAUUAGAAUUAAGACCUGCUCUCCCUCCCUCAAGAGCAGUUGAAGCUAUCCAAAGAACAGAAGAGAGAGGAGCUGUCGCCGAUUACAUCAAGCCUAAGUGGGUUAUUGAGGAUGAAAUUGAAAAGAAGAAAUUAGAGGAGAUGGCCAAACUGGAUGUAGAUACUCUCAAAGUUCAAUUGCAAGGAGCUGAAACUGUUGAGACUGUAAAGAAAGAGAAGAAGAAGAAGAAAUAAAAAUAAUAAGAAGAGAAAUAAGUUAGCACUCUGGAUUUAACAAACUUCAAAUAUCCAGUUAGCAGGGAACCUGGAUGUGGCAAAGGCAAAAUCAAACAGCGCAAACCAGUAGUGUAUAAAAAGUUAACGAUAAACUUGGAUUGAGUUAUUCAUAUAAUU